AUGCCCAUCAUCAACCGCCUCCUCCACAUCACCAACUUCAAAUCCCCUCUCCUCCGGACCAUUGUUCCCUCCGUGGGGGCCGCGCUCGCCCUCCAACUCGCCGCCGGGCUGCCCAGCGUGCUCGCCUCCACAGAGCGCUUCUUCGACAUCUCCGGCUCGCUCACCUUUCUCGCCGUCGGCGCACUCAGCCUGUACCUGCCGCACCUGCGAGGCCGCGCGGGAAAUGCCACGCUGUCCCGGCUCGCCGCCUCCUGGAACUGGAGACAGGUGGUCGUGACGGGCAUGGCCAUGGCGUGGGCUGCCAGACGGGCGUACCUCUUCCGCAGAAUCAGCCAGGACGGCCACGACCCGCGCUUCGACACGCUGCGCACGAAGCCGCUGCGCUUCGCGUCGGCCUUCUUCAUGCAGGCCGUCUGGGUGUCGGUCAUGCUGAUGCCCGUCAUGGCGGUGAACGCCGUUCCUGCCGCGGCGUUUGCGGCCGUGCCCCGGCUCGCCGUUACCGAUGUGCUGGGCAUCGGGGUCUGGGCGGGCGGCAUCGCCUUGGAGACGGCGGCCGAUGUGCAGAAGAGCAGGUGGGUGGAAGGGCGGAGGAAGAAGGAGCACGACGAGCAGUUUCUGAAGACGGGCUUGUUUAGGAUGUGUCGUUUCCCGCAUUACUUUGGCGAAAUCUCCCUGUGGACGGGUCUGGCGACUACGUGCGCCGGUGUACUCGCUCUGAAACCUAUUCAAUUGGCUCUUGGGUUCAGUACGCCGGCUGGGAUUGUUGCCACGACGGCCUUGUCUUUUGUUGCGCCUGCGUUUUCGGGUCUCUUGCUUACCAAGGUUUCCGGUAUUCCGUUGACCGAGGCACGACACGAUGAAAAGUACGGCGGAAGAGCGGACUAUCAGGAAUGGAAGAGAAACACGCCAAAGCUUGUGCCCAAGUUAUGGUAG